AUGACCAACAAAGGAACAAAGAGACGCGAUCCUCCCUCGCCCACACCCUCCUCUUGCCCAGAGUCGUCAGCAACAGCUCCUGCGCCCGUGCGUCCGAGAAGAGGAGAACGCCAGUCCGUGUCCGGUCAACCGCCCUCCUCCUCCUCCCUAACCAACCCUCCCGCUGCCACCACCUCGCUUACACCAUCUCCUCGACCGUACGUCGACCUCUCGCACCUGCCUGUCCGGUUCAGACCCACCCAAGAUCCUUGGGUGGAAGGCUCAGGGACGUCGGGUCGUCGUCCAGGAACAUUCAUCGCAGGAAGUCGCCGAUUAGAUCCUGUGGAUAGACCUCCCCGAAUCGGUUUUGCCAUUCGGCCUGCCCCCCCUCAUCCUCGUCCCCGUCUCACGCCACCGUCACCGCCACGUCCACUGCCACUGCCUGCGCCUGCCUCGUCCCCAGAGCCUCAGGAGUCGCACGAUUCGGACAACGGGGACGACGAGAAUGAGGAAGACGAACCGAUCGAGGAGCGUGGAGGCUACGUCACGCCAUUGGAGGCAUAUGUCGACAAGGAUGCGGGCCGAGGAUACUUGUACUUGGAGACGCUGUCGGCAGGAGAGCAGGGGACCAUCAUCAAGGUCCUGGCCAUUGACGAGGACUGGGAAGAUGAUCGCGAGAUUGUCCUGAAGAUCUUUAGCAGCGCGAACAAGGCAUCUUGGCUGCAGGAGGUGCAAGGAUACGAACGCGUAUCCAACCCCGGCCAUCCCAACGUCCUCAAGUACUACGGUGGCUUCUAUUACUGCGACCAGCGAUGCAUCGCCAUGGACCUCGCGGAAUCGAAUCUACAAGAGCACGAGAUGGCGGACUGGGACCAGAUGUCAAGACGCCAUAUCCAGGACCUCGCCCGUGGCAUCUGUCACGGGUUGAACUACCUCCAUAGCAUGGGGGUAGUUCACCGGGACAUAAAGCCUGAAAACAUCUUGUUGACGGCGUCCCGGGAGGCCCUGGUAUCGGACCUGGGGUUGUCGGAUGCACUGGACGAGAACGGGGAGGCGACAGGCGACAAUGGAACGGACGGCUUCAGAGCACCGGAGAUCGAGGGUACGUACACGACCAAGGUCGACGCCUUCUCGUUCGGGGCUCUCUUGCACGAGCUGAUCCACGGUGUCGUUCCCGAGAAGAAGAAGGGCUCGGAGAAAUGUGUUAACAUGAUCAGAAAAUGGAGACACGCCAGGGAUUUGGUUGAUGGUCUGCUGCGUCCUGAUCCAGAGAGCAGACUCAGCAUCGACCAGGCCCUGCAGCAGCCCUUCUUCGUCCUAAACCAAGGCAACCUCGACCGCAACGGUAGAAAGCUGGUCACCGCUGCCAUGUCAGUUGCUCAAGCAACGGUUGGUGACGUUGCUCCCGAGGCCCAGGCUCAGAGCACGGCACCAACAGCAGCAGAGGAGCCAGGUUGUGAGGACAAGGCCGCUGCUCCCGAGGAGAACGAUGACGACGAGGUAGCCGAGACGAGCAGCGACGAGGAGGCCGAAGAUGAUGCCGAUGAGGAGACUGGAGAAGAGGACGAGUAA